UAAAUUGCAAAUGAUGCAACCCACUACUUUGUAAGAGAUCCAUGUCGACCUAGCAUUGGACGCUUCAGGUCGACCUCACAGUACAGAUGUAAUCCCCAACACGACCACAUUAUCGGAGAAGACGCUGUUCAUUGCUUCUGCUCUCUCUAUAUUCUCUCAUCUUUCGAUAUCUCAAGUUACAGCUUUCCUUCCCCGAGUCGAAUCUAACGCGAUGGCAAAUGCAGCAUCCGGGAUGGCAGUCCACGAUGACUGCAAGUUGAAAUUCUUGGAGCUGAAGGCAAAAAGAACCUACCGCUCCAUAAUUUUCAAGAUCGAGGAGAAGCAAAAGCAAGUUGUUGUGGAGAAGCUUGGCGAUCCAAGUCAAAGCUAUGAGGAUUUUGCUGCUAGCAUCCCUGCUGAUGAGUGCCGCUAUGCUGUUUAUGAUUUUGACUUUGUCACAGUGGAGAACUGCCAGAAGAGCAGGAUAUUUUUCAUUGCAUGGUAAUUUUUAGUGUCUAUGUUCUUCUUAAGUUCACACAUUUGCAUCAUCUGUCCUUUAUCCUGUCCAAUUUGUAUUUUGUCGUGUGCUGAUUACACAUCUGUUAUCGUGGUGCCCUUCAAGGUCUCCUGACACAGCGAGGGUGAGAAGCAAGAUGAUUUACGCGAGCUCAAAAGACAGGUUCAAGAGAGAGCUCGAUGGAAUUCAGGUAGAGUUGCAAGCAACUGAUCCUACAGAGAUGGGGCUCGACGUGUUCCAGAGCCGUGCGAACUGAAUGGAGACAGACAUAUAAGGGGCCAUCUGUCAAUGGCUUGUGGCCUUUAAGGAUUUGCAUUUACUUGUGGUGUUAUGUUUAUAGUUUGGUGUUGAAUGGAGAGAAUUGUGAUACUGGUUUUCUGAGUUCAACCUGCUGUUCUGAACAUCCUUUUGUUCGUUUGAAGCAUGGAUAAACCUGGCUUGUGAUCCAUAGAACCUUUUGUGUCUGACUGCGUUUCUCUUAGUUGUAUGUCUAAGAGCUAAUUUGUAACUGUGUGUUUGUGGAGGGUUGAGUUGAAGGUGGAGAAGUGCUUGACCAUUGUCAUUCUACUUUAGGAUUGCUAAGAAAGGUGCCUCAUAUCCUGCAGUUACGAAGUUUGUUCUUGCUAUGUACUUCUAU